AUGGACAGUAUUAACACAGUAACUCAGAUGAAUGAGGAUUCAAAACAGGAGAAAAGUGAUGAUGAUCAGUCAACGUCAAGUUCACAGGUUGUUUGUGGAGGGUGUCGAAAGAAACUCCGGAGUUUGUUACCGAUGAAUUACAAAGAAGAAAUUGUAGUGCAGGUGAAACUGGCUGGACCAGUGUUUAUUUCUCAGCUGAUGAUCUUUCUGAUCAGCUUCAUCAGCACUGUGUUCUGUGGACACUUGGGGAAAACUGAACUGGCCGCUGUGGCACUGGCUAUUGCUGUUAUUAAUGUGUCAGGCAUCUCUGUUGGUUUUGGACUGGCGUCUGCUUGUGAUACACUCAUCUCUCAGACGUUUGGCAGUAAUAAUCUGAAGCGGGUGGGUGUGAUACUACAGAGAGGGAUUCUCAUCCUCCUGUUGGCCUGUUUCCCCUGCUGGGCGCUGCUCAUUAACACCGAGCCCAUCCUGCUGGCUGUCCGACAGAGCCCCAGUGUGGCCAGGUCUGAUAAAUUCAACACUCGCUAG